AUCAUUGAGAUGUGUAGUAUUACAGCUCUAGCACAUCUGAGGGCUGCUGUGUUGUUUUUCCUUGAUAUUUCUGGGUCUUGUGGCUAUAGCAUUGCGCAGCAGGCUGCUCUUUUCCACAGCAUCAAAUCACUCUUUAUGAACAAACCCUUGAUGAUCGUGUGCAACAAAACGGACUUGCAGCCGUUAGAAGGGAUUUCUGAGGUAGACAAGAAGUUAGUCGCAGAGAUGAAAGAUGAAGCCAUGAAGACAGUGAUGGGUCAAGGUGGCGAGGCAACAGAUGAAGCAGGUGUGUUGUUAACUAUGAGCACGUUGACUGAAGAUGGCGUGAUUUCGGUGAAGAAUGCAGCUUGUGAGAGGUUACUGAAUCAGAGGGUGGAAUUGAAAAUGAAGUCGAAAAAGUUGAAUGACUGCUUGAACCGCUUCCAUGUUGCUAUGCCAAAACCACGUGACCAGAAAGAGAGGCCAGCAUGCAUACCUCAGGCAGUGUUGGAAGCCAGAGCUAAGGAAGCUGAGGCAGAUGCUGAGAAACAGAAAAGGAAACUUGAGAGAGAUCUGGAGAAUGAGAACGGGGGUGCAGGUGUUUACUCUGCCAGCUUGAGGAAGCACUAUCUAUUAGCAAACGAAGAGUGGAAGGAAGAUGUAAUGCCAGAAAUUUUAGAUGGGCACAAUGUCUAUGACUUUAUUGACCCUGAUAUCUUACAAAGGCUUGAAGAAUUGGAGAGAGAAGAAGGUCUUCGUCAGGAUGAAGAAGGAGAUGAUUUUGAGAUGGACGGCGUUGAGCUGACCCCUGAAGAACAAGCAGCAUUAGCUGAAAUCCGGAAACAAAAGAGUUUGCUCAUUCAACAGCAUAGAAUUAAGAAAAGCACCGCAGAGAGCCGACCCACUGUACCAAGAAAGUUUGACAAAGACAAGAAGUUCACUUCAAAAAGAAUGGGAAGGCAGUUAUCUGCUUUGGGGCUGGAUCCAACUCUAGCAAUCAAUCGAGCCCGUAGUAGAUCAAGGGGUCGUAAGCGAGAGAGAUCAGUUGAGCGUGGAGAUGACAUUGGUAAGGAUGCAAUGGAUGUCGACGAGAUUACUCCCAACAAGAAGCAAAGAUUGAGGUCACUUUCCAUUACGGCAAGAUCAAGGUCAAGGUCACGACCUCCAGAUGAAUUUGUUCCAGGGGAGGGCUUAAAGGACAAAGCCCAGAAGAAGAUGGCUAUAAAGAUGGCUAAGGGUUCUUCUAAGAAGAGGAACAAGGAUGCUCGGCGGGGAGAGGCUGAUAGAGUUAUUCCUACUCUGAAACCAAAACAUCUCUUCUCAGGAAAGCGAUCAACUGGGAAAACUGACCGGCGCUAGUAAACCAAGAUGGCAUUUUAUCUUGAAAUUUGCUGAUGGUACCUGUCAAGAUGCUUGUGUUGCAAUAUCUUGGGUGGCGGACAGAAAGGCUAAAAGAAAACUCAGCUUAUUUAGGACACUUUCGCAGUUGAAUUUUCCGUCUCUGUUAUUUUGAGCUUUGCUUGCUGUUCAUUUAAGCUAUUUUUCAUACUGUUUUUUAACUUUAAAUUGUGAAAGAAUGUAAGUUUUUUUUUAAAAACAAAGAUGUGAGGAAGAUGUCAAGAAUUCAAUCUAUUGAAAUGGCAAGACCAAGACUACAGAUUAAGUAUUUAAGUUUGUGCUUAAGAUGCAGCUGAACUUGCUGCCUCUAUUAUGCAUUUUUGGAACUUAGAUACCUGUUGUAAGAUUGUGUUUAUCCCGAUGUUAAAUUUUGUCUCAGAUUUUUUUGA